GAGCCCUGGGCGCAUAUAUAAAGGCGGCUCGGCGGGCGGCGGGCGGCAUUCUGGCGCGGAGUGCGGCGGCGGCGGGCGCAGCUAGCGGGUCGGCCGCGGUGCCGGGGUGCAGCUGUCCCCCCCCUCUUUUUUCUCCCACACCCCUCCCCCUCAGGCGCCAGCUCCACCCCUCCGCCCGCCGGGCCGACCCCACCGAACUACCCCCUGCGGCGCGGGCCCGGGGAGGCUCCGGGCGCUCCCCCCAGCAGACCCCCCCCCCCAUCAUGGGCAGCCAGAGCUCCAAGGCUCCCCGGGGCGACGUGACCACCGACGAGGCUGCAGGCGCUUCCCCCGCGAAGGCCAACGGACAGGAGAAUGGCCACGUGAAAAGCAAUGGAGACUUAUCCCCCAAGGGUGAAGGGGAGUCGCCCCCCGUGAACGGAACAGAAGAGGCAGCUGGGGCGACUGGCGAUGCCAUUGAGCCAGCACCCCCUAGCCAGGGCGCCGAGGCCAAGGGGGAGGCUCCCCCCAAGGAGACCCCCAAGAAGAAGAAGAAAUUCUCUUUCAAGAAGCCUUUCAAAUUGAGCGGCCUGUCCUUCAAGAGAAAUCGGAAGGAGGGCGGGGGUGAUUCUUCUGCCUCCUCACCCACAGAGGAAGAGCAGGAGCAGGGAGAGAUCGGCGCCUGCAGCGACGAGGGCACUGCCCAGGAAGGGAAGGCUGUUGCCACCCCUGAGAGCCAGGAACCCCAGGCCAAAGGGGCAGAGGCUAGUGCUGCCUCCAAGGGAGGAGACGCAGAAGAGGAGGCAGGGCCCCAGGCUGCAGAGCCGUCUACUCCCUCGGGGCCUGAGAGUGGCCCUGCAUCGGCCAGCGCUGAGCAGAAUGAGUAGCUGGGUGGGGGCAGGUGGGUGAUCUCUCAAAGCUGCAAAAACUGUGCUGCCCUUAAGAGGUCACUGCCUGGAUCUGGUGCCCUGGCUGCCUUCCUGUGCCCAGAAAGGGCGGGCUUACUGCCCCCCUCCUAGCCACGUUCCCUCUCCUCUCCCUCUUGUGGAUUCUCCCAUCAUCCAUCUGGGCUUUCUCUUACUGCCAGUUGGAGAUGGUCCCUUACAGUUUCCCAAGUUAGGUUAGUGAUGUGAAAUGCUCCUGUUUCCUGGCCCUACCUUCCUCCUUAUCCCACCCCUGCAGAAGGCAGUUGCUGGUUUUCUCCCCCAGUUCUUUUCCAAGUAGGUUUUGUUUAUCCUACUCCUCGAAUCCCUGAGCCAGAAGUGGGGUGCUUAUACUCCCAAACCCUAGUGUCCAGCCUUCCCCUGUUGUUUUUUAGUCUCUGUGCUGUGCCUAGUGGCACCUGGGCUGGGGAGGACACUGCCCCUGUCUAGGUUUUUAUAAAUGUCUUACUCAAGUUCAAACCUCCAGCUUGUGAAUCAACUGUGUCUCUUUUUUGACUUGGUAAGCAAGUAUUAGGCUUUGGGGCGGGAGGGAGGUCUGUAAUGUGAAACAACUUCUUGUUGUCUUUUUUUUCUCCCAUUGUUGUAAAUAACUUUUAAUGGCCAAAUCCCAGAUUUGUACUUUUUUUUUCUAAUUGCUAAAACCAUCCUCUUUCACCUGGUUUUACUGUAACAUUUGGAAAAGGAAUAAAUGUUGUCCCUUUA